AUGGAACAGGUUAAUCAGUUAAAAGAGAAAGGUAAUGCUGCUUUAUCUUCGGGUAAAUACGAUGAAGCCAUUAAGUUCUACGCAGAAGGCAUUGCAUUAGAUCCAAACAACCACGUUUUAUAUAGUAAUCGAUCAGCCGCACACGCUAAGGCCGGUAACUAUGCGGCGGCUCUGGAAGACGCUAACAAAUGCGUGUCAAUUAACCCUUCAUGGAGUAAAGGUUAUUCUAGAAAGGGUAGUGCCUUAGCUUAUCUUGGUGACCAUGAAGAAGCAAUUGCCGCUUACGAGAAGGGGUUGGAGUUGGAACCUGGUAACCAACAGCUAGCUUCUGGUCUGGCAGAAGUGAAAAAACAAGCAGAGGAAACAAAAUUGAGAACAGAACAGCUCUUUGAAAAACUUAAAGCUGAUCCAAAAACUAGGGAAUGGCUUGAUGACCCUGAAUAUGUCAAAAUGGUCAAGAAACUGGGUUCAGGGUCACAGGGCUCUUUAGAUGGGAAAUUAAUGGAAGAUAAAAGAAUGUUGGCAACACUAAGUGUUAUGCUCGGUGUAGAUCUUGGAUCUCCUAUGGAUGUAGAUCAACCAGCUCCAGAGCCAAAACCGACUCCCCCACCAAAACAAGAACCGCCUAAACCUAACUACGAAGAUAUGCCAGAAAAUAGAAGGAUGGCAUUACAAGAAAAAGACAUUGGAAAUGAGUUUUAUAAGAAGAAAGACUUUGAUAAUGCUUUGCUACACUACAAUAAGGCAAUUGAACAUGACCCAGCUGAUAUUACUUUCUAUACAAAUGUAGCUGCCGUCUUCUUUGAGCAAAAAGAAUAUGAGAAGUGUGUCAAAGAAUGUGAAAAGGCAAUUGAAAUAGGAAGAGAGAAUAGAGCAGACUAUAAAUUGAUUGCAAAAGCAUUUACUAGAAUUGGUAAUGCUUAUAAAAAGAUGGAGCAAUGGAAGCUGGCCAGAACAUAUUAUGAAAAGUCUAUGUCUGAACAUCGUACUCCGGAGAUCAAGACUCUUCUAAGUGAGGUUGAAAAGAAGAUAGUUGAAGAAGAAAAAAAGGCAUAUGUUGACCCAGUGAAAGCUGAACAGGAGAAGGAACUGGGCAACAAAUUCUUCAAAAAAGGUGACUACAGUACAGCUAUGAAGCAUUACACAGAAGCCAUUCAACGUAACCCAGACGACCCUAAGCUUUACUCAAACAGAGCAGCCUGUUACACCAAACUAGCUGCCUUUGACCUUGGGCUCCGAGAUUGUGAAAAGUGUUGCAAACUCGAUCCUAAGUUUAUAAAAGGCUGGAUCCGAAAGGGCAAGAUUUUGCAGGGCAUGCAACAGCAUUCUAAAGCUCUCACAGCAUACCAAAAGGCAUUGGAGUUAGAUCCCAGCAAUGCUGAGGCCCUGGAUGGAUACCGUGCCUGCUCCACACAACUUAACUCUAACCCUGAAGAGGUCCGCAAGCGAGCCAUGUCAGAUCCAGAAGUACAGCAAAUACUCCGGGAUCCAGCUAUGAGAUGCAUCCUUGAACAAAUGCAGCAAGACCCACAUGCAUUACAGGACCAUCUUAAAAAUCCAGAGAUUGCUGCAAAAAUACAAAAGCUACUAGAGUCAGGACUCAUUGCUAUACAUUAG